AUGCGAACGUCCUAUCGCAAAAAUUUAUCAUCGAUCAGAAAUUUUCACCGCUUCGUUUUAAUUCUUGGUGCAGAUGGAGGAUUCCAAAGGGAUCGCAUUGAUCUGAUAAUAAAAACAAGGCUUGAUAAAAACUGGUUUUGUUUUUUUGGAUCAUGUGAUCCCUUAGGAAUUUUCCAUCAAUAUAUUGCACCAAAUUCAUCUGAGGGCAUAUGGUUUCAGGUCAGUUUUGCCACAUGCCAUUAUGGAGUUGGGCAAAGAAGAGGUUUGAAUAGUUUGGGAAUUUUUGUUCUUGCUCUGGUCUUUUGCAUGCAAGCAGUACAAGGAAAAAUAUCCUGCGAGAAUUUGAACAAAGACUCGUGUGCCUUUGCAAUAUCAUCUUCCGGAAAGCGAUGCGUGCUGGAGAAGCACGUGCGCAGAACCGGCGAUGAAAUAUAUUCAUGCCGAACAUCAGAAAUUGAGGCCGAAAAACUCAAGGACUGGAUUGAAACCGAUAAGUGCAUCAAGGCCUGUGGCUUGGAUAGGAAUGUGCUGGGAAUUUCAUCGGACUCUCUUUUGGACUCUCAUUUUACCCAAAAACUCUGCUCAACACAAUGCUAUGGUGGCUGCCCCAACAUUGUUGAUCUCUACUUCAAUCUUGCCGCUGGCGAAGGUGUAUAUCUUCCCAAAUUAUGUGAUUCAAAAGGAGCAAAUGCGCGUCGAGAAAUGAGCGAAAUCAAGAGCUCUGGAUAUGUAGCACCUGGCCCCGAAUUUUCACAAGGUCACAUAAUCCCUGGACAAGUAGCCCGGUCCUGCUCUAAUACACGGUGA